CGUCAUCCAUUUACCAUCACGGUUAACACAUUUGUCCACAAAAACCACGAGACUCCGUACAGGCUUGUGUUUAACUUUCACACAUUUUCGUGUGCAUUUCCUGCCCUAACAAACACCCCCCCGAAAAUGCACUGCACUUCUGCAUUUUAGUUUCUUGUCGGACGGAAAAACCUUGAGGGCACCCGUAUUUCCAACGCCCUCGCUCUCUGUGUCGGAGUGCACUUCGCAGGGUGCGACAACACUGCGUAGGCACCCUACGUAGCCCCCUAUGUGUCCAAGAGGAAGCCAUUUGGGAUUCAAGUCACGACUGCGGAAGUGAGCGGCCUGUUGGAGAAAGAUGGAGUACAUUUGGUGGAUCUGAUGGCCGUUAUGGAGUGGGGAUUCGCGGUGCUUCUUUGUGGGAUGGUGUUCGCGAGGCACUGUGAGUGUUCGAGCGAGUUGGCACAGCCAAAAAAGGUCAAAGUUGAAUUGUCAGUGUUGAGCUGGAGCCAACCGGAAGACCCCACGGACGUCAUUUAUGUCGUUCAGUUCAACACGACGUUGAACGACUGGCACAUUGUCAGUCGAGGCCCUUCGGAGCGGUUCAACUUCUCAGUGACCGCUGAGGAUUACUAUGGGAAGGUGUUCCGGGUGCGAGCCGAGAAAGGGAACCAGACGUCCGUCUGGGCGUUGUCGAAAAGAGUCCAGUGUUCACACCUUCACACGUGCGCUCCUGUGGUCGAGCUGAAGGUGGAGCCGGACAAGGUGCACCUGCGGUUGAUUCACAGAGACCAGAGCCUAAAGGAUGAGAAAGGUGGACACCUCAUGUUCAGACUGUGCUACUGGAAAAGAAACCACACCGAUGAAAGCAAAGAGGAAUUUCCAAAGUCCAACCACUUCGUCCUUGAGGACCUCGACGCGGGGCAGGAAUACUGCUUCCAGGUCAAUUAUUUACAUUUACACAAGCCGUUUGGAAUGCCCAGCUCUGAAAUCUGCAGGGUGAUUCCCGAAUCAUCCAAACAGCGAACCCUGCGCAUCGUCCUGUUAGGCAUUCUAUUUUUGGUGGGACUCUUUGUCCUGGGAAGUGGUCUGUAUUAUACUUACAUGCAUCACAAAAGGAUUAAGGAAUGUCUCCAGCCUCCUCUGGACAUCCCUGACCACUUUGAAGAGUUUUUUUUCAGCGAAUUCUCUCAGCCUGACGAAAGCCCAAGGUCCGAGUCGUACGAGGUUGUACAUUUCGUCGAGGAGCUUUCAGAAAACCAGGACACGGAACAGGACGUGCAAAAUUCACGCCCCGCUUAAAGUGUACUCAGCGUCGUCUUUUUUUUUUUUUUUUUGAGGAACCUGGUGAGGAACCGAAACAACACUGUCUUUUUGUACUUUAUAUUUUCCUACAGAGAGGAUGCACUUUUGGCUUAUCUUUAGUGAGUCGCUUUAAACCACGUGAACAGUGUCUCAUUUUAUGAAUUCUACAUGACUGUUCCAGAAAUCAGUACCUCAGGACUAUGGGUCAAGUUCUGUUCAGAGAAAAAUGGUUAUUGGAAUGCAAUAAUCCUGUCAGAGAUUUAGUUGAAUGUUAUUUGCGGGUGAUUUGUAACUUUUAAUUCUUUUUAAACUGUAUGUUUUGUGUGUGUGUGUGUGUG